CUUCUCUUGUCAUGUCUUGUCAGCAAGGUGAUCUGUCAAAGUGCACAAAGUGUCAAAGAAAUAACCAAAACACUGAGAGAAACGUAGAACUUUAAAGAAAAUAAUAAUAAACUUUUGUAAUGAAACAAGAGUAAGCGAAUCAGUUCGCUGUUCAGAUAUUUAUGAAUAAUAUUUGAUGUCGUUUAUAAAGUGUUAAAAAUGACAACUAACGAAAAGGAUGCAGAAAAAAGUGAACAACAGACAGAUUCGGAAAACAAAAUAGAAAAUGCGGAAGACGAGAAAGCAGCCCUCGAUGAAUAUACAUGUAAUCUCGAAGCCAGGGUAAAGCAGAAAACUGAACUUCGAAAUCAAAAUUUAAAUUGUGUACGUCCGCCGGAUAACUAUUUUUCUAAAUUGGACUCUGGUUUAAAAAAGAACACGACUUUCGUGAAGAAGUUAAAGUCGUUUAGCGCUACACAAAUUGAUACACUUUUAAAAGAUUUCAAUGGUUUAAAUCUUACGAAAUAUAUAUCAGAAGUAGCUGCUGCGAUUGCAGAGGCUAAGCUGAAGAUGUCUGAUAUUGCAGCUGCCAUUAAUCUAUGUUCAGCACUUCAUCGCACCUAUGCAGAUUUUUCAUCAAAUUUCUUUGAAAACUGGCAGAAAAUUCUUACAUUUAAAGCUACUGAUAAAAUAACUAACUCUUCUAAAUUGCGAGUGGAUAUAAGAUUUUAUGCUGAACUGGUAGCAGUUGGUAUAUUCACAAAUAAAAUGGGACUCCCUCUGUUGGGCAAUGUCCUCACAGUGCUUAUAAAUAUGGAUAAAGAGGAGCAUAAUAACAUACCAAUUCUUUUGUCAUUUUGUAAACAUUGUGGUGAAGAUUAUGCCGGAUUAGUUCCAAAGAAGAUCAGGGAAGCUGCUGAGAAACACAAUGUAACAAUUCCUAGGAAUCCAUUCCUGCCAGCUGAAAAACAGACAGCAGUAAGAACUCUGCUCAAAGAUUACUUUUUAUCCUUAACUAAGCAUUUACUGGCUGAGAGGGCUCAGCUGCAGGCCCUGCAUGCGGCCAAUCAGAGAACUUUACACACCAGAGGUGAACUGUCACAGGAAAGGAAAGACCAACUAGAACAGCAUCAGGCUACUUACGACAAGCUGCUAGCGGGCGCCCAAAGUUUUGCAGAAGUGCUGGGAGAAGAGUUGGGGGAAGCAGGAGAACCCCCAACCUUGACAUUGACAAUAACUGAAACACAAGGCACUGUCACCAUAGGAGGCAAUGAGGAGUUCACCAUGCAGGCUGGCACAGAUCCCUGGCAAGAUGAGGAUACCAGAACAUUUUACACUAGCUUGCCAGAUCUGAAAGUAUUUAUGCCCAACUAUCAGAUGAAAGAGACUGUAAAAAGUAAGCCAGAAACUGUAACAGAAGAGAUGUUGGAUGAAGAUCUAAAGGAGGAUGAGCUGAGUGACAGUGAGGGACCCUCCACUGUGCCCGAUAUGGAGCAGGAAGAGGCACAGCCAUCCAAUGUUUCUAACAAGUUUGUACACAUAAAAAAAUUUGUUCGUGUUACUAAAGGAAAAUCAAUAAAGAAUAAACUUUUGAAACGAUAUGCCCUGGAUGCAUUCUUGAAUGAGCUGCCAAAUUGUAUCAAUAGAGAAUUGAUUGACAAUGCUGCUGUGGAUUUUGUUUUGAAUCUCAACACAAAAAAUAACCGGAAGAAACUGACAAGAGUCCUGUUCAGUGUUGCCAGGACUAGGCUAGAUCUAUUGCCUUUCUACUCGAGGUUUGCGGCAAUACUGUACCCAGUUCUACCUGAUGUUUGUGCAGAUUUGUGUCAGAUGUUGAAACAAGACUUUAGAUAUCAUGUGAAGAAAAAGGAUCAGAUCAAUAUUGAGUCCAAGAUAAAAGUGGUGCGAUUUAUUGGUGAAUUGGUAAAAUUCAGCCUUUACUCUAAAAUGGAAGCACUGUACUGUUUAAAAGUACUCUUGCAUGACUUCAAACAUCAUCAUAUUGAAAUGGCAUGCAACCUGUUGGAGACUUGUGGCAGAUUUUUAUAUUGUAAUCCAGAUACACAUCAACGAACUAUGAUAUAUUUACAGCAAAUGAUGAGGAAAAAGACUGUAUCAGCCCUAGACUCGCGUUACGUGACGCAAAUAGAAAAUGCAUUUUACUAUGUAUGUCCUCCUGAGGCGCCAGCUCAACCGAAGGAAGAGGAGCCGCCGAUGCACCAGUUCAUAAGAAAAGUACUCCAUGAAGACUUGCAGAAGAGUAAUGAGGAGAAGAUUCUGAGAUUGAUGCGAAAGCUCAAUUGGGAUGAUCCAGACACUGCCGCUAUUGCUAUACAGCACCUCGCCGGCGGCUGGCGAGUCCGGGCGAGUGCCCGCAGAGCGCUGGCGCGGCUCACGGCGGAGCUAGCCGCCUGGCAGGAAGCUGUAGCCCCCGCCGUCGUCGACACUAUCCUCGAAGAGAUCAGAGUCACUAUGGAGGACCCGCACCCCAGAUACAAUCAGAGGAGAAUAGCCACUGUCAGAUACCUCGGAGAGCUGUACAAUUACAAGUUGCUAGACUCCCGUGACGUGUUCACAGUUCUGUAUUCGUUCAUAACUUUCGGGGUGACGAACGACCACGCUAACGUGUCUCCUCUCGACCCGCCAGAUAACGUGUUCAGAAUAAGACUUGUGUGCGCUCUUCUCGAGACUUGUGGCGCCUAUUUUAACAGUGGAUCUAGCAAAAAGCGACUAGAUUACUUUUUGACGUUCUUUCAAAAUUACUACUGGUUCAAACAAUCUGAUCCCCAUUGGACUGACAACAUGUUCCCUAUUUAUGUAAAAUACAUAUACCAAGAAUGUUUGACUACUCUGAGGCCCAAGUUGACAUUGUUUAAUAGUUGGCAAGAAUGUAAAGACGCAAUAGAAGAGUUGCGUCAAACUUUAUACCCAGAGCUAGGCGAAGACGAUAAUGAUAACGAUGACAUGGGCGACGACAGCGUCAACGAGGGACUGGAUACUAUUAUUGAGACUGAUGACGAAACAGAUAAUCCUCAACUUCCUGAGGAAAGUUCUGAUGAGGAGCCCAUCACAGAGAACACUGGGAAUGAUGAUAAUGACCUUCAGCAAAAUGAUGAUAUUACAAUAGAGCCAAGGAGACCUGCUCCGAAACCAGUAGAGGAUGUUGAAUUUGAAUCAGCAUUCGAAAAGAUGGUAAUGGAAAACAUUGCAGAGCGACAACGUGAGACGAGGCCUCAACAGCGAGAUAUUGCCGUGCCCAUGACCUGCAGACAGACAACAAAGAAAACAUAUGAACAGUUAUUGCAAGGUAAAGAGGGCGUAGCAUUCGUGUUGAUGAUGCGAAAGGGUACUAAGCCGCAAUACAAGUCGUUCAAUGCUCCACCCGAACUAGCAAGCAACCUCCAGCAGCAAGCCUUAGCCGAUAAACAGGAGAUGGAGAGGAUGAAACUAUUAACCCUGAACAUAUCAGAAAGACAAGAAGAGGAGGAAUAUAGCGCCGAAAGUGGAGGAGGUUCGGGAGGUAGCGGCAAUCCCAACAGGGGACAACACGUUCGACAGAAAUAUCAACACCCAAAAGGCGCGCCCGAUGCCGACCUUAUAUUUGGACCUAAAAAAUUUAAAUAAUGAAGUGAAGUGAUGUGGUCACCUAAUCAAUUUUUAUGAAAUCUUUAUUUUAUUAAUUUUUCUGCAGUUUUAUGUUUAGGCAGUUGAGUAGAUUUUUUUAUGACGUGUUUAAUAAAGCUUAACUUCUCUGCAGGUAAAGAAGUCGAUUAUUUGUGUUAUAUGCUACAUAUAUAUGUUUUGAAAUGUACUAUGUAUCUCAGAAAUAAAUGAGAGUUUAUAUAGA